CAUGGCCGCCCUCCCAUCGCUUUCUAGUAAAAAAACUUGAUAAGAUUGGUCGGCUACACACUCUAGAGAAUGCUAAUUCAAACAAACGUCUUAAGACGGUUCUUUAUUGAAAUGAAGUUUGCAGUGUGUUUACACUUUUUACUUUUUGUUGCAGCAAAAGCUGGCGAUUUUGACUCUGAUUUUGAUGGUGGAUAUACAUUAUCAGUGGAACAUGCAUUUGGUGCAGGUGGCGAGUUCUCAUCGCGAGGAACAGUGACAGUCAAGUCAGUGAAGUCUGGCUUUGCUGUAUUCACACAAGACCGGCCACUCAACCAUGAAGAGAUAGAGAAGCUUCGUCAUGCGGCCGAGUCGGAUGGUUUCUACAUGAUCCGCAUUCCCACAAAGCCUGAGCUGUAUGUGUCUACAUUUAUAAAAGCAUGUUCCCUGUAUGAGUCGGAACUUUCUGAUGUGAUACGUAUUCACCUGGACCAAACGGGUGAUGUGAUUGGAGUGUCGCUAACAACAGUGCCUGCUCUGUGUCAGGGACUUGAGCCCCCAGACUCAAAUUUGACAAAUUUUAACACGUCGGUAGAAGUAGCACAGACUGUCACCGGGCCAACGCCAGACACGUCUACGUAUCUUCAGAAAAUGGCGAAGGAUAAGGAGCAGAAGGUGGCCGGGGAACAAGACAACCGGUCGUUCUUUGCCAAAUACUGGAUGUACAUUGUGCCCGUGGUCGUCUUCAUGCUAAUAACAAGUGCAUCGGAUCAAGGGAGCGGUGGUGGUGGCGGUGCAAGAUGAUGAGCUCUCCUCCUUUGCGUUUUUUUUUCCGAAUGGCAAGCAUACCGAGCGAACGUGACACCUCGUGGAAAGAAACCAUCAUUCGGUACUGGAUUAAUCUUAGCACAUUGGUGCUAAUUGAUUCAGGGCAAAAUUUAUUAAGGCAGCACCUCGUCUGUAUUACAAAUCCGCACACUUCUGUGCGUGCGUGACGUUGAGUGGAGUCGCACGAUGUGAAGAGAUUGGGAUAACAGCUUCGUAGCAAAUGUAUAUAGAGUAUAUUUACCACUAAUUUAAAGUAAUUUACUUGUUCACAUAAACACACUGUUGUGUAGAGUGUAACAUUGCUACCACAUUGUUUCCUAAGAUGUACGUGUGCUCUCUUUAUGUCCAAAGUGAAACGCUGCCUUUUAUUUGUAUGUGUGAUUGCUUCAGGAGUGAUUGCUUAAAUGGUACAAUUCCUUGUUUGUGGUUCUUGUUGUAACCAUUCAUAAUUUUAAAGAUAGCAGUGCAGUGACUGUGUGUUAAACUGCAGGAACGUUAUUUAAAAAAAAACAUGCAUCAUGACUUGCUGCUGCUAGUUUUUACCCUCUAAUAUUAAACAUAAUUAUAACUAAAUGAUAACCUUUGACCUGUGAGAGAUAGUGCUAAUAAUUCAGACUGAUGAGUACAGUUGAGACCAACACUCGUUAAGCAGUUUACCUUCCAUAUAAUGUCAUCAUGCAGCAACUUGUUUGUCAGUAAGCAAGGACAGUAUCAAAUAAACUGUUCAACAUGUAUAUGCUCUUUUCAUGUAGCUUCUGCUCUGAUAAAUCAUUGUUUUUCCUUGCGCAUUUCCUAUCAAAUAUGAUUGCUUGGCAGUAGCUUCAAUGUAUUACAAUUUUGUACAAUAAAUUCUGUUUUCAUCAUUAAUAA